UGGGGGGUUUGUGGCGUCUCUUCUAAUUCCCAGCUACAUGCCGCAUUAUUCAUUUUUGAGAGAACAAGGGAGUCAAGUUCAGAGGGCAGGAAUUGGGAAUUAUUCAUAAUAAAAAAUAUAUAUAAUAUUUCCAGUGUAAUAGCUAAUGAAGGUGAGGCGCCCCGGAUGUGCCAGGAGAUGGCACAACUACAACUAUUACCCUCCCUCCCUCCCUCCCUAUCUCUCUCUCUCUCUCAACAAUUAAACCUCAUAUAUCAGAUUGGUUUACUUUAUAUAAGGAUAUAAACGCCAACUAUCUACUUCUACUUCCACUCCCACAUACACAUACACCAACAUUUACACAUACGCUCUUCAAUCAUACAUAAACUUUACGGAAAUCAUUUAUAUAUGCAAACAGAAUAAUUAUUUUAAAUGUAACAGUAAUUUAGCUCAUUAUGCUAUAUUUGAAAAUAUCCGCAUAAAGGAAAAACCUAUUUCUAGAUUGGCGUGCACCUAUUACAAUUAAAUAAGGGCUUAGUUAGUCGGCCCAAUUGAGGUACAGCCCAGCCCAGUAGAGAAAGAAAAGGACGCCAUUUUCCACCCUAAUUCGACCCAAGCCCACGCCUGGAAGCAUUUCUCUUUCUUUUUCACUGUUCUGUUAUAUAGUUGAAAUGCCUAAGUCUAAAACUCUACUUGCUUCGCGCGGGUUUUAACUUUUACUUCCUCCUGGCUCCUGUCCUGUCCUUCCUCAUUUUUAUUUGGACAUGGCGAUAUUGGGAUUUCUUGGCAUGUCUUCCAGACUCUAUCUCCCUCUCCACACACCACUCUUCCGUUUCGUCCGUAAGCUUAGCCCCGCUUUGAUUACAGUGGGAGAGGUUGUUCCUGAAACACAUUCCGUCUUCAAUGCCCACACCAAAUCUCCGCCUAUCCCAACGGAUUUUCCAGAAUUCGAUGAUAAUGAUUCUAAGCUGCGCAACUGGAAAAGGUUUUCUUCCAAGGAGCUUGGGAUCACUCCUUCCAUGAUUCCCAAACCUACCAGAAAAGUUCUCAACGGGCUCAAGAAAAGAGGUUAUGAAGUUUACCUUGUAGGAGGUUGUGUCCGCGAUCUGAUCUUGAACAGAAUACCAAAGGAUUUUGACAUAAUAACUUCAGCCGAACUGAAGGAGGUUUCAAGAACAUUUUCAUGGUGUGAAAUAGUUGGGAGGAGGUUUCCUAUAUGCCAUGUGCACAUAGAUGGUACCCUUAUUGAGGUGUCAAGUUUUAGCACAACCAGUAGGCCGUUUGAUAGGCAUUUGAACUCUGCUCCUAUUGAAAAGCCCAUGAACUGUAAAGAGGAAGAUUAUGUCCGUUGGAAGAAUUGCUUGCAACGUGACUUUACCAUUAAUGGGUUGAUGUAUGAUCCAUACAACAGUGUUGUAUACGACUACUUGGGAGGAAUGGAGGAUAUAAGACAAGCUAAAGUACGAACGGUGAUUCCUGCCUGCACUUCCUUUCAAGAGGAUUGUGCUCGAAUCCUUCGAGCAAUCAGAGUUGCAGCUCGUUUACAGUUCCAUUUUGCAAAGGAUACAGCUGGAUCUAUUAAAAAUUUAUCCUGCCUGGUGUCUACUCUUGAUAAGGGAAGGCUUCUGAUGGAAAUGAACUAUUUGUUGUCUUAUGGUUCUUCUGAGGCUUCUAUGAGGUUGUUAUGGAAAUAUGGACUUCUAGAAAUACUUCUUCCAAUUCAGGCAGCAUAUUUUAUCCAAUAUGGUUUUCGGAGGUCUGACAAGAGGUCGAAUAUGCUAUUGUCCCUAUUUUCAAGCUUGGAUAAACUUCUGGCUCCUAAUAGACCUUGUCACAGUAGUUUAUGGGUUGCAGUAUUAGCAUUCCAUGCUGCCCUGUCUCACCAGCCUAGGAGUCCUUUAGUGGUUGCAGCAUUUAGCCUUGCAGUCCACAAUGGUGGGAAUAUGAUGGAAGCAAUCAGCAUUGCUAAGAGCAUCAGUAGAGCACAUAAUGUAAACUUUCACGAAUUGUUAGAACCUGAGAAUCUGGAGGUUCAAGCUUUGAUUGAUGAGGUUAUGGAUCUAACUACGUCUGUUAAGGCUGCACUUCAUAAGAUGACCGACGAGCAUUUUGUGUCACUAGCCCUGGAAAUGUAUCCCCAAGCACCAGCCUCGGAUCUAGUUUUUAUCCCACUGGUGGUGUACUUGAAGGUACACAAAUUUUUUUACUGUGUGGCAGAGGGUGCAGAAAGGGGAUUUAUUCCAAAGCGAGGAAAAAUUAAUUAUGAGCAUCUGGCGCUGGGAAACUUGCUAGAACUUCGGCAUGUCUUUGCAAGGAUUGUGUUUGACACUGUCUACCCUCUUUAAUCUCAAUCGUACCCAAGAGUAAGCUUCCACUACGUUUUUUGUGCAGCCAGAGGUCAGGUUCAUUGGAUUGUCUACAGAAUCUUCUAAGUUCUAGAAGUUCAAAUAGUUACCUGGAAAUAGUUCGCGUAUAAUCAAGAGAUUCAAGACAUUACUUUCCAUCACUCGGGGGUAGAUCAUCUGAAAAUUGGUAUAUUAUUUUAUUCUCUUUUAAUCUUUAAGCCAGUAUCUAGGAAUACGAUACAGAAAGAAAAGGGGAGAUGAUGCGAAAUUGGGAAACGAAUGCAGCAUAUCCUACAAGAAGUGAUUCUUUAGCGUGAGAAACCUGAAUUUUGUGGUCCUAAGUAGAAUUAGAAUAAUUUCCAAGUCUUGGAGCUACAGCAUUCCGCAUUUGUUGGCAAAUAGCGUUCACUUGCUAGCGGCAGGAGCAGGGGUAGCACCACCAGUCGUUGGCCUACAGGAUCAAGCAAAUCACAUUUAUUAAGUGCUGACAAGUUAGAUGCAACUGUGGAGCUCGGUAUGAAAGAUGAAGUUAAAAAAAAAAAAA